AUCCUCUUCCAACAUUUAAAAUAUGCAAUUAUGGAAAGAUUGGCAAAAUGAAUCUUUGACAACCAAAUAACAUGCCAAAGCGUGUCAAAAUUAAUUAUUUUCUGUUCAUAUUCGUUUCUUGACCUUCAACACCAACUACGCCAACUAUAAAUCUUGGGUGGGUCUUUUGAACUUCUCUCUAUAUCGUAAAACCAUUCUGUCUUUUAAAGUUUGAUCAUUUGAGAAGUUGAGUAAUUAAGAAGACAUGGAGAAUAGCGGAGAAAGUAGAAAAAGAAUGGUGGUGAUUGGUGGAGGCUUGGCUGGUUCACUCGUUGCUAAAACUCUUCAAUACUCUGCUGAUGUUACCCUCAUUGACCCGAAAGAGUAUUUUGAGAUAACAUGGGCAAAUUUGAGGACAAUGGUGGAACCGUCAUUUGGAGAAAGAACGGUGAUUAACCAUAGAGAUUACCUCAUCAAUGGACGUAUUACCACAUCUACUGCAACCAAUAUCACUGAAAAUGAAGUUGUGACUGCAGAUGGUCAUUUUAUUCCUUAUGAUUAUCUUGUCAUUGCCACUGGCCAUGUGGAGCAUGUUCCCAAAACAAGGACCGAGAGACUUAAUCACUACCAAAAAGAGAAUCAACAGAUUAAAUCUGCCAAGUCAAUUUUGAUUGUUGGAGGAGGUCCCUCUGGUGUGGAGCUUGCUGGAGAAAUAGCUGUUGAUUACCCGGAUAAGAAGGUUACUCUAGUGCAUAAGGGGUCAAGGUUGCUGGAAUUUAUUGGACCUAAAGCUGCUGAUAAGGCACUAAAUUGGCUGAGAUCACAUAGAGUUGAAGUGAAAUUGGGACAAUCAGUCGAUCUGAAUGAUUUUUCAGAUGAAGGCACAUAUGUAACAUCAGCAGGAGAAACUAUCCUAGCAGAUUGCCAUUUCCUGUGCAUAGGGAUACCACUAGGCUCAUCAUGGCUUAGGGAGACUGUAUUGAAGGAUAACUUGGAUAAUCGUGGAAGGUUGAUGGUUGAUGAAAAUUUAAGAGUCAAGGGUCACAAGAACAUAUUCGCAAUUGGAGAUAUUACUGAUAUUCCUGAAGCAAAACAAGGGUAUUUGGCACAAAAGCAUGCUUUAGUGACUGCUAAGAACAUUAAGCUAUUGAUGGAUGGACAAAAAGAAAGCAAACUGGUAACAUAUCAUCCUGGAUCCGCAAUUGCAAUUGUUUCACUGGGGAGGAAAGAAGCAGUGGCACAAUUUACUUUUGUCACGAUUAGCGGCUGUAUUCCAGGUAUGAUCAAAUCCAAAGAUUUGUUUGUGACUAAAACAAGGAAGGACCGGGGCUUAGAUGCUGGUAAUGCAAGUUCGAAGAAUAAGGGCAAUUAGUUUGACAACAUAAUACUCUUAUUUUUUCUUUGUGAGAGUUGCCGCACCAAUCCUUUGAUACCAUGUAUUGUCAAAGGCUUAUUUCUUUGUAUUUCUGCUGUGAGAGUUGCUGUACCAUUACUAUGAUCAUGUAUUUUUGAGGUUUCUUUAUUUUUAUUUUUAUUUUUUAAAUGUCAAUGUUUUGAUUA